UGGCGGCAAUGUGGAUCUCGAAGGACGCUACAAAGUCUUCUCUUGAUCAGUAGAAAUAGUUUUCAAAAUAUACGCAAAGAUAGCAAGAUGUACCACCCUUCAAGAGGAGGAGUGCGUGGAGGACAAGAUCAGUUUGACUGGGAAGACGUGAAGGCUGAUAAGUACAGAGAAAACUAUUUAGGUGAAUCUCGAUCAAGGGUGUGUUCCUUUCGGUGAAUCCAAAAACGGAUUUUAGAUCUAAGAACGGAUUUCGCGUUCCUUUCGGCAAAUCCAAAUCCGGAUUUUUGAUCUGGUGAAUCCUUUUUGAAAAAGGAUUCAUUGGAUUUGAAAUCCGAAGAAUCCAAAUCCAGAUUAACGGAUUAGUGAUCUUCGCUGUUCCAUUCACAGUGGAUCCGAAAUUAGUCAGAUGAUCCAGCGGUAUUUCCAGUUGAAGUAUUCCCAUAGAGGCCGUAGAGUUUCCUCGAUGCUGUCAUUUGCCGCAAAACAUCUGAAAACAUUAGAAGAUUGUUCCUGGUACUUUAAAAUAUCCAUAUACUAACCAUUUGUCUCUAAAGAUUGCUUGAAAUCAGAAAUAAGUAAAAGUAACAAAUGAACCGCUAUCUAACUACAAACUCGCUUGUAGACGCGACAGGCACUCGAUCGUGUUACAUAAAAAAUCCGAGCUAUGGAACUGGAUCAAACUGGCCGACAUUCUUUAGAUAAUUUUCAAUUUUAAUGCGCUGCUUUCUUUGUCUGUUUUGUAUGUUCCAUCGUCGCUAUUCGACCUGCCGACCACUAAAUUCUGCACGGUAUAAUCGCAUAAUUUGUCAAACAGUAGAAAACACGUCAUUAUUUGAGAGGCUGUCGUGCAUAUUGCACGCGUUGGCGAAAGGUUACCAAGGUUACAAAUCCAAUUUUGGAUUUCACGUUCCUUUCGACUGCGAAAUCUGGCAAAUCUAAGAUCAAAAAUCCGUUUUUGGAUUCGCCGAAAGGAACACACCCCAAGUGUGUUCUAAUUACCUCAUAACCGAAUCUGGGCUUUAAAACUUCAGAAUAACCGGCCACUUAAUAAACAUCUUUAAAAGCUGCUCACACUGUCCUGCAGUCGUAAAAAUCUACAUAGCAAAUGCAAAGAUGAAGUCAAACUGUGUAUAUAUCAUCCUUUCUUCUUUUACAUCAAAUUAAGUUAAGCUAGUAUUGAAAAAUAUUUGUUGACGGGAGGAAUGCAGGAGCAUUUGUUUCCCUUUAAUACCCGAUUUUAAUAGAUCCAUCAACUACAGGAUUAUACUACCGCGGGAGGCGCUGUUUUACUUACUUGAUUGUGGUAGAUUUAUUGACUACAGGACAAAAUUAUGGGACUGCAGUACUGUGAACUGAAAACACACACUAUUUACUUGGUGACUGCGGGACCGUGGGAGUAAUCGACACUGAGUUGACAGAUAUCACUCACACAUACAGGACUGUACUCUCAUAGCGCCCGGUGGCCCCAGGGCCUCUAGAAAAUCUUAGAUUUUUCAUACAAAUCAUAUGCUGGGCACCUUAGAUUUUACAGUUUCAGAGCACUGGGCUUCUUUCAAUUUUCCUUAGAGCACAGCCUUGCAUGUAGAAAGCCGGGGAUAUUCUGAAGUUUUUCCAGUAAUUGCUGGUAUCUUUUUAUUAUGCCCGCAGUGAUGUUUUUUAAGCCAUUUAGUGAGUGACGAUUUGUUAUGCUGGACAGGAGCUGCUUAUUGUACUCCACAAAUAAGUUUUUGUUGUUGAUUUAAAGUGAAAUUAAGGUGGCUGGAUGUUAGCCAAGGCUCUCUGUUUGUGUUUUUAUUGACUGACCAGGUUCCUACUAAAUGAUACUUAUGCAUUUCUAUAUUCCAAGAAUUCUCUUAUUCUCUACUUGAACUAGCUUGCUAGCAGGCUCUCUUGUUUGGAGUCAUGCGGGAGUAUCUUGGUGGCCUCCGCGGCUCCACUGCCAAGAUACUCGAGCAUGACCCCAAAUAAGCGAGCCUGCCAGCAGGCUAUAUUUUAACACAAGAUGUAACUGCCUGAAAACCACACCCUGUAAUUACCCAUAUAUAUGGUGCGAUAUGUAGUAGAAACCAGGUAACUCGAACUCUAAAGGGAAACGAAUAACAGUUUGAGUUAGUGGGAAAUUUGAUUUAUCGGGGUAAAUUUCAGUGAAAUCUUGACCAAGGGAAAGCAAAUGUAUUUUGAGUUAGCGGGGAAUUUGAGUUAUCCAAGUUCAAGUUAUCAAGGUUCUCCUAUACUUUGCGUGCACUGAGUUUAAGUGGUAAUGUCCUGUUUUAGAUAAGGCUCUGUUUUUAGGGUAAAAUUUCAACAAGCAACAUGGCCUUGAAACAGUGACAUAAGACAGAUAAAAAGUAAUGAAGACAAGUGACUUGAAGACGGUUUUGAAACUGCAACAGCGAUGAGCACAAUUGAAAAUACAAUAGCAAAAUACUGUCAAGGACAUGUCCUCCUCAGUAAGCAAAACGACCAGUUUUGAAAUUAAGACUUCAGGCAUAAAUCCCUCACUAAGAGGACCUGUUACAUUGUAGAUGCCACCAUUACCAAAUGGUGCAGUGCAAGAUAUUGAAAAUAUGCAGAAUAAUAAAUUCUUUUAUAGCUGUUUUUUCGACCAAGUGGCAGAAUAGGAGUUUAUUUGCCGGCAGAGGGAAAAGCUUUUGAUCUUGUUUGCCAGCAUGACUACGGUUAUGUCUACUGAAAACCUGCCAUACCCUUACCUUUCCUUGACAACUUUAUCCUCAUGAUAAAUGCAUUUUCUGAUAUCAUUUUGCAAGCUUCUGUUUUAUAUCGGCUCAAAAAAUGCCCUAUGGCCCUUUUCCAUCGCCACAUUUGUCACAACAUGCAAACAUAACAUACAACUGCAAGAAAUGACCAUUUUGCUUAUUUAGGGGGGUUGUUUAUUGGAAUGUUUGGGUGGGUCAGUGCUUGUCUCUAAGUUCUAUAUCAAUUAACGUUUUUUGUGUGCAUUCACCAGGUCACUCAGUCAAAGCCCCAGUGGGAAGAUGGCAAAAGGGAAAGGAUCUUCACUGGUAAAUCCUUUUUUUUCUAAGCAUUGAAUUUUGCUUCGUUCCUUGUCUUAAGACUAUUCACGACAACUUAUUUUUCAUUAUCCGCCAUUAACAGUCUAGUGUUGAAAUCAGAUAAAUUUUAAUCAGUUAUACACUUAUUUACAGGUAUACAAAGGGUGGUAAAGCAGACUCCGCAACUUCCAAGCAACAGGUGAGGUAAAUUCUGUAUUACAACCAACAUUAAUUCAUAGAUUUAGCCAGAGCUUAAAGCGAAGCUCCCUGUUAUGCAUUUUAAAUUUACCUCAGACAAUGGACUUGAAACCACUGCAAAGAAAUCCAUAAAUCUAUACUUAACAUUAUAGGAGUGAAAAACAUAAACUUCAGCCUGCGAUCAACUAAAAGCUAAUAACUGGUCAACCGAAAAUUAAAAAAACACACGUGACCGUGAUGGGUGGGGACCUGAGCCGGCCUGUGAUGUGGUCAUGAGACUCUGGUAAGCAGAUACCUUGUUUUGAUGUCCAUUGUCAAGUUAAACACAGGUUACAGGCUCCCACACUAGUAAGAAGUUUGACAUUUCACAUUGGUUGCCCUAUGGUGCGGAUGGAUAGAUUACCAAAUUUUCUUAGGUAUGGGGCUUGGCUCAUGCAUUUUUUGUGCACUCAUAGAGUUCCUCUUUCACUGUUGAUUAAUUUAAGGAUAAAGCCUCUGUCUUUUAUGGUCUACAAAUUUUUGGUACAAAAUAAGAAAAUCCGAGAAUCUUGAUUUUUUCAGUCAUGCUGCCUCAUCAUAGACCCUCCUCCCCUACCCCCACCCCCAGCUCCAAAAUAUUUCCCAGGCAUUAUUGAUCACCUGGGCUUUGUAUUUCUUAGCAAGAGGUUUUGAAUAAAUUUAUGUUAGAAUGUUAAUUUAUAGUCUUUUAAAUGUCAGGAAAAAGAUGCUAUAAAGAAAAUGGAGGCGGAAGCUUUGGCUAUAGCUCUGUGAGUAAACAAAAGACCAUCAGAACAUUUUUGUGUAAAAAUAUUUUGAAGUUGCUUUGGGAGUGUGAUUGUGUGGGAUAUGGUCACGAUUACAUACAUACAUACAUACUUUAUUGCAACUCCCUAAAAGGGUUCUUCAGUUACAAGGCUACUAAUCAACUAAAAUAGCUAAAUAAAUUACCAAAUAACUAAGAUAAUAAAUAUAAGUUAAAAAAUAAGUGGAAAUAAAUAGUUUGCUCUCGUAUGAUGAUAUUCGACAAAUAUAAUAUAAUAUUAACGAUUUCACAUUUCACAAACUAUUACUAGUCAAGGAAAAAAAAUGGAGGUUGUGCUUGAGACUAUCCUGCAGAACAGGCGUUAUUUUUUGUGUUUUUCAGGCAAGCGAAGGUAAGUACAAAGCAUGCGCAAUGGGGAAUUGAGUCGGUUUGGUGUUGAAUUAUAUAUUAUGGGACUGUUUUGGCUGAUGAAUUCUGACCCAGCUUCCUGUGCAACUGUGUGGUAGCCAAUAAAAGAGGUGAUAGCAUCCACAAAACAAUCCCAUCAGUGUUCCAGAUAAGACAUGGGUCUUUGGUCAAUGACCUGUCAAAGAGGGCUUCCUGACCUGACAGAUGACAUAUAAGUGUUAGGUUAAAUAUAGCAAAAAAAUUAGCGCAUGGUCUUGGUGACCCCUCAGAUGGUCUACAUGACCAACCCCCCCCCACUUGAAAGAAUUAACUGGAACACUGCCCAUAAUGCAGUUUGACACAACACUGACCCCGUCUCUUGCUCAACCUCAAAAUGGAAGUCAAACCUCUACAACAGUCAACUCUCACCUUGCGAACACCCCACCAUAAUGGACACUGGGAUGAUACGGUAGCCAAAUCCCAGAUGAAAAUAAAUUGCAGACGUUUGACUGAUAAAAACUCCUGGUAUUACCAAUUCUUGCUAAUGAGGACUCUAACUUGAGCUCCCUAGAGUGUCUAUACCAUUAAGGGAAUCGGCUGUAUUAGCUACCUCCUUGCAAUGGCCAACUCUUCACAGCAGCAACUAUUAAGCUACAUUAUAUUCAUAUACAAAUUCUCUAGAUUCAUCUCCAUACUUUUCCUUAAACAAUAGUUGAGAGAGUUGGAUAAAUGAUCAAAGUAUUUCUCCUUAGGUGAUCAUUUCAUUACCUCUCGUAACUUUUUCUUUAGAUUAUGUCUUGAUAUUUAGGGUGUGUUUCUUUACUAAAGUCGUCCACUUGAGAUCAGAUCAAAAAUCUGGAUCAUAAGGAUUUUCCAUUGAGAAAAGAAACAAUGUAUCCAAAAAGGGAUUAUUUUUCAUUCAUUUCCAUAGAAACAACCCACAAUAUCGACCGUAGCCCAGAGAUAAGAAUAACAAGGUUGCCGACAGUGUUGCAAGUUUGCUGAUCUUUCAUUGUAUUCUGGAUGAUUGUAGGCGAGCCAAAUGACGACAAGCCUUGAAAUAAGAUAUGAUCGACUUGCCAGCAAAGUUGUAUAGCAGUCUUGUCCUUGUGAAUUUGAACAAUGCAGGUCCUGUUUGUAGUGUGAAAUUUACCUCCCCAAUAAAACAGAUAAAAUUGAUCGUUUAAUCCAUGCCUCAUGCUCAAAAAUGGGCUUAAAGAUGAGCAGUGUUGUCAAAUAGCUGAUGUACCUUUUAAAAGUGUUUCAAGUUACCGCUGGCAAUAUUCACUCUUUUGGUUCCAUAGUAUAAAAGAAACGUUUCAGAUCAUGUAUCCAAAGUAUCCUGUUUUGGAUAUGAUCCAAAGAAUCCACCUCCAUUGUGGAUCACUUGGAUCAAUAAUCCGUUUUUCGACUAUAGUAAAGAAAUGCAGCAUUAGUAAGAGAAAAGUGAUGUUGAUCACUCUUGGGACUUAAAGGUGAUGUUACAGAUCGGGACGAUUCACUACAAUGAUUUUUAGUGCAACACACAGUUGCAAUGUUGGACCAAUGUUGUGACCAUUUGAAACAAUGUCACAACAAUGUUGCAAUGCUGUGGUGUGCUAAAAAUCGUUGUUGCCGAUCAUCUCGCGUAGCAUCACCUUGAAGGGUUAACCUCUCUUUACGGCCACCUCUUCACAACAAUAGUGGCCGCUAAAGUGCAUCCCAGUUUCCAAGAGAAUUUUAUCCUCUCCCAUACCUCACCAUAGGGCACUUCUCUAUAAUGGACACUUUCCUCCUUUCCCAAGGUGCAACCGUUGAGAGUUUGAAUUGCAUCUAGUUAGAAGGUUACAAGCUAUAGUUUAUACAGGAAAAUCGUUAUGGAAGGCAUGGCGGUCGUGCACAAGUCUUGAUGCACGAUAUUGAUCAAAGCAAAGAUCUAGAAAUGUGCAUAUUAAGUCAUGAAAUAAGAAAAUGCAAAUGAAGGUUAGACAAGAUAGUGUUAGUAAGUAAAGCGUCUGACCACCCUCACAAAAAUUAAUCUUUUGGUGUUGCAGAGGGAAGGGAAAUGUCAAGAAAAAAGCAAGUGGAGUUUCUAAACAGGUGAGGAACUUCCCUUUUUAAUGUAAUUACAAUAAAAUUUUAACUACUACUACUAAUAAUUAAUAACUAAGAAUAAUUAUUUAUUGCUUAGUAGGUACAAAUUGACAUAUGGAUAUGAUCAAUACAUGUAUUUCUAAACUUUUUUACGUUUCAAUCUAGGAAUGGAUUUUUACUAGUAUCCUGUGAUAAAUACACUUAUUUUGCCAUCAUCAUUUUGUAAAGAUCAAUGUUGCAAAUUGCCACUGUAUGUGAGAAACUUCCCUUUUUAAUUAAAUUACAAUCAAGUUUUAACUAAUAAUAAAAAUAAUUAAUAAGAAUAAUUAUUUAUGGUUUAGUAGGUGCAAAUUAACAUAUGGAUAUGAUCAAUACAUGUAUCUGUAAACUUUUUAAAGUUUCAAUCUAGGAAUGGAUUUUUACUGUCCUGCAAUAAAUACAAUAACUGUUAUUUUACCAUAAUCAUUUUAUAAAGAUCGAUGUUGCAAAUUGCCACUGUAUGCUUUAUUUUUCAAUUAAUCAUUCAAGUCAGGAAUCCCCCUGAAAAGCUCAGCAGAGCUUGCUGAGAUAUCUCCUGUUCAUGUAUCCCAGCAAAUACCAAUGUACAAAAAAAGGUCGGGAAUAAUUCCAAAUGCUUUUCUUUUUGUUAGGAGCUGGCUGAAGUUUGUCGUAAAGGCCAGUUAGAGCGUGACUCCAUGGACAUUGAGAGAGUGGAAGGCAUGGGUUUUGGAAGGUAUUUGAAAAUAAUGACUUGUAGGAGCCAAACUCUGUUAUCAGGGCAAAAAAUAAACACCCCAUUCAGUUGUUUGGGACAAGCAGAUUACCUUGCUUGGCAACUAACUUUGUAAGCUCACUUGCCUGAUGGGUUAGGGUCCAGCAAGUUGUCCUACAAUUAAAUCAGUAACCAAGACAAACUUGUUGAAAGGCCAGUUGAGAUGGAAUUGAGUUUUUAAGCCAUUUGUUGUAUUGGCCUAAGCUACAUAAUGUGGUUAAAGUUUCGCACUAAAUCUUAAUUUUUUUAUUUAAAGUAACCAACCAAAUUUUGACCGUGACAAUGUCCUCCCCCGCUAAAAAAUGACAGGGUCAUAGAGUUUUUAUGUCAUUACAAUCGUAAGUCUUCUCUAUAGUGGUGCAGUAAUUACAGUAUUGUUUGAUAGUGUGUCACUGUUGGUCUGCUAUCAAAACAGUUAUUUUUAUGUGGCUAAAAAUGAAAUUUAGGCUUAGUUAAACUCAGGAUGUGGCUAUCCAGAGGAGAUUUGCAGGGUUGCCCUAAUCAUGUCGCAGGGGCUCAUGGGUUAUUUUUACAUCCUUUCACUUGAGGUCAGGCCAUUAUUUCUGUGUGUUGUUCCCUGUUGUGGCUUGUACUUGCAAAGUGUUUUUCCACUCCCUACCCUUCCCUAGUAUACAGUGUUAAAAUAUGUUAGGUUCACUUUUUAGCAGUGUGACAGUGCCUGGGUGGAAGCCAUUCUCGGGGUUGUCAGGGUAACCCAUUACGCAUCAAGCAGUAUGGGGCUCCACCAACUUCACAGUUACCUCUCCCCAAGCUCUCUGUUGAUGAGUUUUAUGAGUGCUGCUUUCUACAACAAUAAUUAUUAAUUAUUCUUCAAGUGUGGUUAGGUUUUGGUUAGUUUUGGCCAUUAGAAGAAAAAGAAAAGAAACAAAAAAAAAGGGAAACACCACUCUCAUUUUGAGCAUAUGGUAUGAAGGUUGUCUCUCUCUCAGCCUAUGGAUUUUUGUCAACAGCUCAAGAGCUAGGCUCAUGGAUGUUGCAUCUGCACCAGUUAAAGAAACACUUGGAGCUGCUGGUACACAGGAGGUAAAUAGUUUAUUUAAUUAUAAUAACUAUAUGAUCAAUAGGAUCAACAAAUCUUACUUAUCUCUGAAAUGGUUUUGAUUGAAAAAUGCAAUGGGUACAGUAAUAAUGUAAAUAAAAUUGAUUGGACAUAAAUUUCUUAUGAAUAAAAUAAUAAUAUUUCAUGGUUAGAGGUUUGAACACAGGAAUCAUUUCAUAAGUAGGUGGAAUAUGAUCGUCUGGGCCUUAAUGGUCAUUUUGAGUCAAAGUGAGUUGUAUCACUUCAGUUGUUGGUAUUAAUUAAACUAUGGUUAUUGACCACAAUGCUAUUGGUCAUCUUUCAGUUAAGCCAUAAUGUUAUUUGCUUUUUAUAUGUCUUGUUUUUGAAGAUGUGAUUGGUGUGAUUCGAUCCAUUUUUUCGCCAUAGUUUAAUGGUCGUUUGUUGUCUAUCAAAUCCAGUCAUAUAAUUAUCAUUAUUUUUUUCACUACAGGUAGAUAUUCCAGUCUGGGGAAGUAAAGCUAAUGAAAAGGAGGAAAUUCAAAGAGACAAAGAUAAAACCAAGAGAAAGAAAGGUAAAAAGGAGAAGAAAUCCAAAAAGGACAAGAAGCACAAGAAAAAGCAGUACAGUGAUGAUGAAGUCAAAGAAUCCAAAAGAAGGAAAAGAAAACAUGAUCAUGAUGAACUUGACAAAUAUGAUAAUAAAAAUGCUAAAUAUGAAAGGAAAAGAUCACACAAUCAUGGUGAACACAAAAAGAACUUUAAACGCAGGAGGCAUGACUCUUUGGAAAGUGAAUCAUCGGAUGAAAAAGGGAAGUCUUCUAGAAAGCGUUUUGAUCCAUCUACUGAAGGCAAUUCUGGGAAAGCUGUCAGUAAGCAUAGAAUAGAUGAAAGGCCAAAAGAAAGAAGACAGAGGCAUGAUACAGAAUGA